GAGUGAGAGAGAGAGCGUCAUGAGUGUGUGGACCCUGCUGCUGCUGCUCUCUGUGGCGCUCUGGGUCUUCACUCGGGCGCUGGAGAGGGCCGAGCUCCACGCCGGUCAUGCGCUCACCUGUGGACAGGGUAUAAUUUACUGCGAAGUAAAAUCAGGUGGCCACACGUGCAUUCAGGAUGAUGAGCAUGUCUAUGUGAGCAGUCUAGACGCCUACAUCGUGCAGUGCCAAAAGCAGCAGACCUGGAGCUUGUGCCUGAAAGUCCUGGUGAACGUCACAGUCAGAGAUGCAGAUCAACCUGUGAUGGGUGAUGGCAGUGGUAGUGGUGAUGAAGAGGCAGAGGUAGAAAUGCAUGAAGGCGCUCAUCAAGAAGACCUUGUCAACAUGACGUCUGCUGACGCUGCUGUUCGUGUGUGUUACACGUACUCUUCACAGAGCCACUCCAGCAUGCUCCGGUUCACAGUCCGUUCUUCAGCGUUUGAUGACAAAGCUACACUGCAGGUGUGGAUGUCUUUAGUGGUGGAGAUACCGGAGGCAGAGCUCGGCAGUUCUGUCGUAGUCCAUUCUUCAUGCACUAACUCAUGCACUCAUGCACAAACUAAACUUGUCAAUCUUCCUUCAAUAGAGGAAGUGUGUUCCAAGGGUUUAGAUGCCAUCUUCUGUAAGGUCCCACCCAAGCUGCACAAGAAAACUGACCAUGCGACAGGAGCAAUAAAACUGUAUGUGACCAAAGCAGAUGAAGAGCGUUUCCAGGAGUUUUCUGCAUGCCAGAAGAUGGGCCGGAAGGGACGCUGUCUUACGGUGGAAUGGAAUAAUGCCAGCCAUGAGUUUGAGCUUUUACCCAGCUCUGUCGGCCCCUGUCUGUGCUUUGAGAUUUGGGGGAACUUUCCUCGAACCGAGUAUUGUCCAUUUUUGAAUGAAACAGGUAUGGCAUUCAAAUAUAUUCAGCCGCACCUUGCUGUCUCAGGCGCCAGCGUGUCCGUGUCUUUGGCAGAGACUGAAACGCAUCUCAAGGCUCUGGUCUGGAGCCUCAGUGCCCCCUGCAGGCUGGAGGCUCAGCUGUGGUUGUGUAGGAAGGGCUCAGGACUGGACAGAAGCUGCCAUGCGGUCAACAGCAGAUCUCAGGUCCACACCCGGCUGAACGACAGCUGGAAGGAGACUCAGCACAGACACUGGCAGUUAGAAGGAGAGUUUUUACAAGUGGAACGUCAUCCUUCAUUGUGUAUGCAGGUUAAAGUGUCAGGAAUGGAUGGUUUCCUGGGACCAGUAUGUCCUUUUGAAGGCUGCGUGUUCAGAUGGCUGAAGGUGGACGAUGUGAAGCGUGAGUUUCCUUCAUGCUCUCUCCUCUCACGCUGGUCUGUUCCUGUAGUUGUUGUGAGUGACAGUCAUGUGUUUUCAGCUGCGGCGGGGGGUGUGGAGGUGCUGCUGGUGUGUCCUCCCGAUGCGGACUGCACUGUCACUGACUCUGUGUGCCGUCUGUGCACCAGUCUCUCCGCCGUGGGCUUCCGCGUCUCUCUGGACCUGUGGAGCCGCUCGGAGAUCAGCGCCCUGGGGCCCGUGCCCUGGCUGCACUCCUGUCUUGAUCAGGUUCAGUGGCGCGGAGGCAAGGCAGUGCUAGUCCUGACCGAUGCGGCCUGCGAGCGGGCCGAGGAAUGGGGCUGUCGAGUUGCCAGACAGAGACCAGAAGAAGAAAGGCAGACGUGGGUAGACAGGGGUGUCCAGUCACUGACAUGCUCCGAGGUCUUCGACGCAUCGCUGAGCUGCAUUCUGGCGGACUAUCUGCUGGGUCGAGCUGGAGAGCGGUUCAUGCUGGUCUGGUUUGAUGGGCAGAGCCCUGCGGUGCUGGCCCUGCCGGAGCUCUUCAGGGGACUGCCUUCGUUUAGCUUGCCUUCUCAGAGUCUGGACUUCAUAAUGGAGCUCACGCAAGGGCCUCGUAAGGGACAAAGAGUAUCAGAGCGGUGGGUGCGAGGGGGGGCUUUGAGAGCUGCAUCAGGGGCGCUCCGAGGGCUGGCGGGAACUACAGGACACAUGUGUGCAGGGCUCCCUCGGGACUCUGAAGAGCCUGGGACGGAGGAAGCCUGGGAAACUGUCCCGCUACAGGCAGACCAGUCGAGCCCUGCUCUCCACACAACAACAAAUACUUGGCCGCUCGUGUCAGUGCUGGUGCUGUGCUCUCUCCUGUCUGAGGGGACGGUGAGGACGGCACACUGUCAGACCUGCCGCAGACUCACUGACAGCUUUACCAAGGGUUUGGAGCGAACAGCCAAUAAGAACUUUGGAGGAGGGAACACAGCUUGGGAAGAGGAGAAGCUGGCGAAAUACGCACGCAGUGAAACGCGUCUGUUAGAGAUCGUAGAGGCCGCAUGUGACAAGCCUGACUUUGACUGCAACAGGCUGCUGGAGCAGAUAGAGGACCAGGUGGAGACAUGGUGGUUUCACAGGUGCCUAGAAGCUGUUUCUGUGCUUAUGUCUGUGUGUGUGUGUGUGUGUGUGUGUGUGUGUGCAGCGUGUCCGUCAGGUCCUGGAGGAGUGUGUGGAGGUCUGGACCGCUGUGAGGGUGAAGGCACACGUCUGGGAAACGGAGACUGUGUUUGUGACCCGGGAUACUCUGGGGUCCUGUGUCAGGACUGUGCCCACGGAUACUACAGAGAAACUAGCUCCAACCACACACAGCCACCCUGCUCAGCUUGCCAUCAUUCCUGUAAAAAGUGCACAGGUCCACAGAACAACAAGUGUCUGGACUGUAAGCCUGGAUGGAUCCUUCACAGCAAUAAGUGUGUAGGGUGA